UAUUCAGAUGUUCCUUUACUGUGUCACGGUGACACAUUUUGGUCUAUUUUAAACGUUAGAAGAAUAAGCUAAUGGAAGUGACAGUUGCUAAAUAGCCAUUCACCCAGUCCAACUUUAUAUUAGCCGUGUUCGAGCUCGCUAACGUUAGCUUUAGGGCAGCGAUGCUAACAAGUAAGUUAGCCAAGUUUGCUUUAAUCGACGGGAUGUAGACAACGAUAUUAACACUGUCCAACACUGUACAUCUAAUAUGUAUUAAUGUAUUAUUGAGUUGAGCAGAGAGUAAUCGCUUGAACAUAUUGUGCUGACCGGCUUCCUGAGUUUCUAACAUUGGAAUGGCAAAUGAUACUAGCUAGCAGGCUAACGAUCACCGGUUAGCCGCCGGUUUCUGUUUGAUGUUGCGCAACACACAUAACCUACAUCCUUCGGCGUUAGCAUGAUUACACAUGUGAUCAUUGUUUAAACUACUACCCAAUACAGCUACAAAUGGAGCUCUCAAACUAAAACAUUAUACCAUAACUCCCUAAGCGGCCGGUCAAGACAAACCUGUUUGUACUUCAUUGUUAAUAACGUCAUAUCAGUAAAUGGUCUGCAUGUUGUGACAUGUGGUGUGGCCUUAUGUUCUGUAAAAUAGCUCGUAGUGACAGGGUGAUGCUGCAGUUGGCCCUCAAUGACCCGCGAGAUAUAUUAGCAUUAGCCUAGUGUAACGCGUGUGCGCGUGCCACCUGCGUGUGCGCGUGCCACCUGCGUGUGCGUGUGUCACCAGCGUGUGCUUUUGUCCCCUGCAGGCGAGCUUCACCACAGCCGAACUGGAGGAGGUCAUGGCACAUCUGGUGGCAGUUUGCAGGGAAGGGGAAGAGGAUUACCCAUUUGUCUCCAGACAGAUUCCCCUGUAUAUCGAUGAUAGUCUCACGAUGGUGAUGGAAUUUUCAGACACCGUCUUGGAUGUUGACGGCCAAGAGAUAAACGCGUCUCAUUGGAAACAAUUUUCCGAGCACCACUUCAAGUUAAAGCAACAGGACUUGAAUAUCGCCAUGAUGGUGACAUCCCGAGAGGUGUACAUUGCGUUAUCUCAGCUGGUGACAUGCGUGGGCUGCAGGCGAAGUGUGGAGCGCCUCUUCUCGCAUUUAGUAGAAUCGGGGAACCCAGCCUUGGAGCCCCUCACGGUGAAACCCACAGGCCUGCUCUCUGUCACUAACGCCUGCUUAGCAGACGCAAAGAAGCUCUACACCCUCUUCUACGUCCACGGGUCAAAGUUGAAUGACAUGAUUGAUGCCAUUCCAAAAAGUAAAAAGAACAAACGCUGUCAGUUACAUUCCUUAGACACACACAAACCUAGACCGCUGGGGGGAAGCUGGAUGGACAUAUGGGAGCUGAUGUCUCAGGAGUGCAGGGACGAGGUGGUCCUCAUUGAUAGUGCUUGUCUUUUAGAGACACUGGAGACAUACUUGCAUAAACACAGGUUUUGCACUGACUGCAAGAAUAAAGUGUUGAGGGCGUACAACAUCCUUGUCGGGGAGCUGGACUGCAGCAAAGAGAAGGGGUACUGCGCUGCAUUGUAUGAGGGACUCUGCUGCUGCCCCCAUGAACGCCACAUCCAUGUGUGCUGCGAGACCGACUUCAUUGCUCACCUCCUGGGCCGGGCAGAGCCCGAGUUUGCAGGAGGCUUUGAACGCAGAGAGCGACAUGCCAAGACCAUUGACAUUGCACAAGAAGAAGUCCUAACCUGUCUGGGUAUUCACCUGUAUGAGCGGCUGCACAGGAUCUGGCAGAAACUACGAGCAGAGGAGCAGACCUGGCAGAUCUUGUUCCACUUGGGAAUCGAUGCACUACGCAAAAGUUUUGAGAUGGCCGUGGAGAAGAUGCAGGGCAUCAGUCGGCUGGAGCAGUUUGUUGAGGAGCUGUCUGAGGAGAAGAGGGCCAAAGAGUUGAAGCAGGAGAAAAAGAGGCAAAAGCGGAAAAAUCGUCGCAAAAACAAGUGUGGCUUUGACAUAUCUGAACAGGAGGAAAAGGCCAAGGAGAACCAUCUGGUUGAGGGUUCUCUUGAGUCUGUGGAAGCCACUUGCAAGGUCUGUGGUAGCCCCGAUGAGGAGAAGGAGGAAGAGGCCAUAUGUGAUCAGAGCAUCGCUGCCAUUGGAAGCAGUUCCUGCAGCUGCCCAGACGACAGCAAACAGGAGUUGACCCCCCAUAGCAAUGGUAGUGACUGUGGCUACUCUUCAAGUAUGGAGGGCAGUGAGCCAGGAUCGCAAGAAGGUUCUUAUAUUGCCUGCUCUGAGGGAAUGUGCAACCAUGGCGACGCAGUAGAUGAGCCAAGUGCCCAUCACUGUGCUGAAGACAAGGAGGAGGAUGGAAUAGACAGUUGUGUAGACUGCUGGCCACACUCUGUGGCAAACGCUCAAUGCAAGAGUAAAAAGAAGAAAAGAAAGGGCAAGGGUUUAUGCCACGAUCAGGGACAAAAAGGCGACGGUUGCACGUCGGAUGGGAACGCGACAGGCCACAGUCCUCCAUCAUCGCAAACUUGCCGAACCAAAGAUAUAUUUUCCUCCUUAUGUGGCGAAGCAAUCGCCAGCAUUGUGCUGCGAUUACCAUGGGCAGCAACUGAAGCGAACCUCAGUCUUGUUGCAAGGCCUCCAGAGGGAAACGCAAGUCUCAUGGAGCUUCUGGAGGAUUCCGAAGUGACUUCAGAUGAAGAUAACUGUCUGACGCAGGAUGAAAUCCAGGCCUUUUUGGAAAGAAACCGGUCCUUCUACAACAACCGCCUCCAGUACAGAGAACUCCUGAAGGAGAAGUUCACCAACUACUGCCAUGCCACUUAGGGGAGUAAGUGUGAAAGUGGUUUACCACCACCAGUGUCAACUAAGUGCACUAAUGGCACCUUCCCCUGGGAUAAAACACUUGUGACCACUGCUCCAACAUCUUUAGAAAGAUAUAAUGAUGAAAUACAUUUGAAGUCUUGAUCAGACAUUUCUCCUUUAAAGUAAAUGUGAUUCUAACUUUCGGUUGAUCAUCUGUCUUUCUCUCUUUCUCUCUUUUUCCACUUACACACCAACACACUUCUCCAUCUCAUUUCUUGGCCAUUUUCUCACAUGUACUUCUUCCGACCAAGCCUAGCUAUUUGUUGUUGGUCCUCUGUAGGGUAACAGUUGUCUGGUCGGAGCACAGUGGAAUCCUUAAUUGGUAACUCUUUGCAAGCUGUGAUAUUGGGGAUACAUUUUAGGAGUCUUAUUUUAUGUUUUCUUUUUUCCUCUCUCUCUUUGGUGACACAUCAGUUUAGUGGUGAAGGUUGUACCAAUAAAUGUGUACAGAAAUUCUAAAUAUAAAGGUUUUACAGGGAAUAAACAUCCAUUUGUAAUGAGGAAUUGGGUGUGAAGUUAAGAGCGCAAUGUGAAAAAUUUACAAAAUAAAAGAUAUUUAUUAAUAUGCAUUA